AUGUCGGUCUCGGGUGACAGCCAGAAAAGCUUCCCCCAGACGUAUGAACCCGUCGUUCCCACAGAUCUCACUCGUGGCUCCUAUCACAGCUCAAUGGCGCCCCAACCGCAGCACACGGUGCAGGAGACCCCGGCUGACAGCAAUGCAUCGCUGAAGAGCCCGCGGACGGCCCGUUUCGCUGAAGCCACUACCAUUCACUCCCCCGUGGAACAGAGCGAAGCGGGGCGAUCACCCUUCGCGGAUCCUCUGCAGCCCAAAACCCCAGGAGGUGUCGCGGAUGUCGGGUUUGGCUAUGUGACAUCCAACGACCCCGCGCAGCAUGCACAGGACUCGCGGCCCCCGGUGUCGCCUUUGAAAAGCGGGAUGAAGGUGCCCAACACGGCUCGCUCGUUGAACCCGCUCAGCCCAACCUUCCGUGAGGAGUAUAUGCUGGAGAAACAAGAAAAGCAUACCGAGAAGGAAAAUGCGCGAGAUUUGAGAAUCAAACUCCGUGUUCGCAUCGCCAAGAUCUUCCUUCGCUUCGUGAACUUUGGCUGCAGUCUGAUCGUGCUGUCCCUACUGGCCACGACGCUGACCAUCUUCAACGCGACCAAGACCAUCCCCACACGCAACAAUCUCCCUCCUUGGGCAGAGGGCACCAACCCAUGGCCGCAAUAUCUCCUCUUGGCCUUGGCUUGUGUCUCACUAUUUGCCUGUUUGAUUGUGUUUUGGGCCUACUACAAGGGCGGCCACCGGCGCGCCGAAAAGGCUGCUAUUUACUACACAUCCUUUUCGAUCGGCUUCUUCGUUUUCAGUCUGGUCAUGUGGAUUGUCGGCGCAGCUCUCUAUCAACACUCCAAGUCAACAGGCAAUAGCAAGGACAUGUGGGGUUGGUCGUGUGCCAAAAACAGGCGCGAGGAGCUCUAUCACAGUUCGGUUGACUAUGCCCUGCUGUGUCGUCUUCAGGACUGGGGUCUUGUCUGCGCCAUCAUCGAAGUCGUGAUCGAAGUCCUCGUGAUCCUGAUCUACGUCGUGGUCUUCUACCGCUUCUGGACCAAGCGCAGACUCAUGAAAACCAUGGACAACCGCGACAAUGCGCGCUCCGACCUGUACCUCGCCCAGCUGCGGCUUCAAUCGGCCCCCAACACCCCAGGUUUCGCCGGCUUCCAGUCCAACCCGCCCAAGUCACCAUUCUACCCACCCAAGUCACCGUACUACGCGCCCAAGUCUCCCUACUAUGCCGUCGACCCUUACUCGGCCGCCGAGAAGGGCCAAAGCGAGUCCUGUCCCACGCAGUACGCAUCGCCGCGCUCGCCAACCCGCCCGGUCCCAAGCUUCCAGCUGCAACCACCUCCCAUCCGCGUCCAGCAGCCCACGCCGCAGACUGCCCAACAGGAAUUCGCUGCCCUGGCUUCGUCCCCUUCGCCGCCGGUGCCCAGGCAGUCCCCGUCUCCGCCUGCUCCGAGCGCUCCUCAACAUAUGGCUGCCGCUCCCGGUGAGCAGACCUACGAUGCCGUCCAGAUUCCUACUGCCUACACGAGUCCCAUGGCGCCGCAGUUCCCGUCGGCUGUCCGUGACAAAUGA